CUUUUGUUCUUUUUACUCUUUUGUCCGUUUCUUUCUCUCUCUUUUUUGGGUGCAAUUAAUUGGGGGCAAUUUUUUUUUUUUUUUUUUUUUUGCAUUAAAUUUAAAAAAGAGCAGCAGCAGCUUUAAUAAUAAUAUAAGUAUAAAUAUAAAUAUAGGAAGAAAUUCAGAGCAGGCAAAGGAAGAUCAGACAUUCAGAAGCUUGAGCUUGAGUCUCUGCGGGUUUCUUAUUGCAUGCCUCACCAAGCUUGACGACUUUUUUUUUUUUUUUUUUAUGUGUUUUUUCAAAGUUAUAAGAAAGGUUAAGUCUGAUCAGUGUGGAUAUAUAUAUUAACAUAGUUGAAAUUUCUGGAAAGAUAAUCGAUGAGGCCGAAGAUUUAUCUGAUCGGGGACUCCAUCACUGAGGAGUCCUUUUGUGAUGGAGGCUGGGGUGCUUCUCUCGCUCACCAUUUCUCUCGCACGGUGGAUGUGGUGCUGAGAGGUUAUAGUGGAUACAACACUCGGUGGGCAGUGAAGGUUCUGGAGAGGGUUAUACCGGCGGCUAAAGGCAGUGGAGAUGGAGCCGAUGAGCCAUUAGCCGUAACCGUGUUCUUCGGCGCUAACGACGCUUGUCUUCCCGAUAGAUGCUCUGCUUUCCAGCACGUGCCGUUGGACGAGUACAAGCACAACCUCCGCUCCAUUGUUUCCUUUCUCAAGAAGCGAUGGCCCACAACUCAUAUUCUCCUGAUCACUCCUCCUCCAAUAGAUGAAGAUGCACGCCUUCGACAUCCUUAUGUUGAGAAUCCAUUGAAUCAGCCUGAGAGGACAAAUGAAGCCGCUGGUGAUUAUGCCAAGGCAUGUAUUGCUGUAGCUGGAGAAUGUGGGAUCCCAGUGGUAGAUCUCUGGACCAAAAUGCAGCAGUUUUCUGACUGGAAAAAAGCUUAUCUAAGCGAUGGCUUGCAUCUUACUCAGAUGGGAAACCGGAUUGUGUUUGAGGAAGUGGUGAAGAAGCUGAAGGAUGAAGGCGUGAGUCUAGAAACUCUGCAUGUUGAUCUUCCACUUAUAUCUGAGAUUAACCCUAAUGAUCCCCUUAAAGCUUUUGAGCCGUAAAUUGUAGAAAAUGGUUACGGUCCUUCUAUGGCUUAAUGGGAUCUUAUUAUAAGUUAAUCAUAUACCUAUGCAUGAUUUAUUCUCCUUGGCUGUUCUACAUCUGGUUAAGAUAUUUUGGUUGUAAAAACUGUUUUCUGGUUCGAUUAUUAUAUUUCUCUCACCAUCGUCAUAUCCUAGUAUGUUUAAGUAGCCUUUAUCUUAAAAAAAAAGAAAAAAAAAAAAGGUGUGUUUAAUUAGAUUUGGGGAGAGACCGUGUAACAUUGUGCUAUAUAUAAUGCCAUAUACAAUUUAAUUCC